AUGGAGAUUAGCUACUCAGAUUCUAAAGGCAAGGAAUGUAAAGUUAAAGACUCUGAAGAUUUUGAACACAAAGCUGCUAAACCUGAAUCAGAAGUUGGUGCUUCUCAAGCACCUCUAAGGAAAGAAAGUCAAAGUUCUUCACAUCCCGAUGAAUUGAUAAUGGGAGAUAAAGUUGAACCCAUUAGAACCAUAUCUUCUUUCAAUCCAUCUGAAGAAAUGCUUAUGGGAUUAGUCGUAUGUCUUUGCGCUAAAUUUCAAUUAGAUCCUAGAGAAUCCUAUUUAACUGCUUUUAAAAGGAUAUUUGAAUAUCUAAAAGGUAUAACUAAUCUUGGUCUGUUUUAUAGAAAAUCUAAAGAUUACAAGCUAGUAGGUUAUUGUGAUGCUGAUUAUACUGGGGAGAGACUAGAAAGGAAAAGUACCAGUGGAAGCUGUCAGUUUCUAGGUGACAAUCUUAUUUCUUGGUCCAGUAAAAGAUAUUCAACAAUAGCAUUAUCAACUGCAAAAGUUGAAUACAUUGCAGCACUCAGAUUCUCUAGAUGA